UGGACACUAGCUAGUUAGCCCCAGUUAGCACGACCACUUAGUGUAGCUUCCCCAGCGACGUCUGACUUUUUUUCCUUCAACAGUUCAUGUUUACCUGUGUAUGUGUUCAGAUGAGGUUUGUCGGAGAAAGUGGAAGUAUUGGACGGGAAAACUUUCGCGCGAAUGACACACAUAGGCACAAAUGUAAACUUGCGCGAGUAACGCGAUGCAAAAAACUUCGCGUCGCUUCCGUUUUGAACGCAUCGUUAGAAUUGUGUAGGGAAUAUGUGAGAGUCCCUAACACCAUGUAAAGACUACCCACACCAUUGUGCACUACAGGCACGUAUAAAAACGAAGUCUAUUCGCCCACCAGCUCCAUAUGAUGGGACCCAGUCCAAAGGCUGGUCUAAAUAAUAAAAAGUCCGCUGCACGCGAGGAGUCGCCUGGAAAUAAUUUCUCACUGCUGAUAGGUUGCUCAGCUACACCAGCCCCACUUGCGCAUGGAUUGGCCUGGUGCUCCCCCCCCCCCUCCAGUUUCUCAUUGGCUUUUGGUAAUGAUACUUCUCGGCAGUCAUUUGCCCAUGCAGUUUCCAAUGAAUAUUGUAUGUGGUCUCCGGCUUUGAUGCAAAUCGUUUGAAUCCGCGGGCUGCAUGCGAGGAGGCGAGGUGUCCUGGAUGAGCGCACGCACCAGAUGAUGGCAUUUCUCCCCGAGACCGCAGCCGCGAGAUCCGCACAGUCUCCCUCCGAAAUUAGAUAAGAGACGACACCCAAGGGGCUUACAGCAGCGGGGGGAAGAUGUUCUGCGCGAAGCUGAAAGAACUGAAGAUAUCCGGAGAGUGCCCGUUCUCCAGCAGCGCCAAACAGAAUGAGCUCGGAGACUUCGAGGAGCGCGCAACUGACGCGGCGGAUUUAUUGCCUAUUUCUAAGGACGUGCAUGGAAAACCGGGCGAGGACGUGCCUCGACAGAAGACGGCCAGAGCCAAAGUUAACCUGCACACACUUGGAGAGAGCAUCCGAAAAUUGAUAGGACCCGAGUUUCAAAGGCUGCACACUGCCCUCCAUCGAUUGAUGAGACUGUCAGAUCACACCAGGGACAGUGAAAGUCCAACAAUUUGCUGCACAGGCAAUCAGAGUUGCAGUGAUGAACCAGAGCAUUUAGAGGAGAUGAUAAACAUUCACUCAACUAAAACAGCAAUCCCGGUGGAAGCACUGAAAGUCUCUCUUGGAGAGGAGCUCUUCAACAUGUGUUAUGAGGAAGACGGACACAUUUUGAGGGUGGUGGGGGGAGCUCUCCAUGACUUCCUCAACAGCUUCAAUGUCCUGUUGAAACAGAGCAGCACGUUGCCCAACCCGGACAGAGAGGAUUGUGUAAACGAACCUUCAGUGCUGUGCUUAGACAAGGAUCCGGGUCUGCUUACUGUCUAUUUCUUCAACCCCCGCCCAACCACUCGCCUUUUUUUCCCUGGAGUCAUCAAAGCUGCUGCCCGCCUGCUGUAUCACACCACUGUGGAUGUGUUGAUGGACCCCCCCAGUGCUAAAGACAGCAUCUUGCAGUCCAGCCCGCAGCCCAGCCUUCUGUACACAGUUGUUGUCAAGGAUGCUAAAAAUCUGAGCCCCAGUCCGCUGCGGGCUACCUCAGCUGGGACUCUUCCUACCACGCUGUUCUCCACCAUUUUCCCGUUCCAUCUGAUCCUGGACCAGGACUUGGUCCUGGUUCAAAUAGGACACGGGCUCAGGAAGAGACUGAGCAGAAAGGAUGGACUGAGGCGGUCUGCUACUUUCCAGGAACAUUUCUGUAUUGUCUCUCCCCAGAUCAAAUGUACCUUCCAGGGUAUUCUGACCAUGCUAAACACCCAGUUUAUCAUUCGGAUCAAGCAUGGAACCACAGAUAACACAGGGAAGCUCAUGGACCUUAAAGGUCAGAUGAUCUACGUUUCAGAGUCCAAUGUCAUCUUGUUCCUGGGCUCACCAUGUGUGGACAAGCUGGAGGAGCUAACAGGCCGCGGCCUGUACCUGUCAGACAUCCCCAUCCAUAACGCACUGCGUGAUGUAGUUCUGGUGGGCGAACAGGCCAAAGCCCAGGACGGUCUGAAGAAGCGUCUGGGGAAAGCCAAGGCGGCCUUGGAGUAUGCUCACCAAGCACUGGAAGAGGAGAAGCGGAAGACAGUGGACCUCCUCUUCUCCAUCUUCCCCGGCACUGUGGCGCAGCAGCUGUGGCAGGGACAAACGGUCCAGGCCAAGAAGUUUGACAGGGUUACCAUGCUCUUCUCUGACAUUGUGGGCUUCACAGCUGUUUGCUCUCGUUGUACCCCGAUGCAAGUGAUCACCAUGCUUAAUGAGUUGUACACCAGGUUUGACCACCAGUGUGGAGAGCUUGAUGUUUAUAAGGUGGAGACCAUUGGUGAUGCGUAUUGUGUGGCCGGUGGCUUACACAGGGAGAGUGAGACUCACGCUGUCCAAAUUGCACUCAUGGCCUUAAUGAUGAUGGAGCUUUCAGAUGAGGUUAUGACACCAACAGGAGACCCAAUACAGAUGCGUAUUGGUCUUCACACCGGUUCAAUUCUGGCUGGUGUAGUUGGGGUGAGGAUGCCACGCUACUGCCUUUUUGGCAACAAUGUUACGUUGGCCAACAAGUUUGAAUCCUGCAGCCAACCUAGAAAAAUCAAUAUCAGCCCUACAACCCACAGAUUGCUGAAGGAUCGUCCAGAGUUUGUCUUUGUUCCAAGGAGCCGACAGGAGCUUCCGGACGACUUCCCAGAGGACAUCCCUGGUGUUUGUUACUUUUUGGAGGCCUCCUUCGAAACUGACUCUGAAGUGACGUCAAGCUGCAGCACAGCCCAGAAAUAUUAGAUAUCGCUAUAUGUAAGCGCGUUUUGUGAACACAGUGCAAACACCAUGUUUUUGGUUGUUUAGAUAUUAAUGAUAUUGUCUAUUAGUCAAACCCAUACAGCUGCUUGAUUACAGAGAUAUCAGUUUGCCUUCAAACCUGAGUCUUGUCUGUGUAAAAUUACCUGUCUGUGAAGUAGUGGAGAGAAUCGCUCACUUCCUCAAUUUUUCUUCCAGAAUGAGUCAUCUCUCCAAUUGUUUCCAAGGCACCUACCACAGACGAUCAAUAAAAGUUUAUGAGAUGAUAAGAAAAACAAAAACAGUUUUAGUGGUAUAAAAUGGCAUACUACAUUUAGAUUGAGUCGGCUUUCUUUGAUUUGGAGAUCUGUGAAGAAAUGUGAAUAUAUCAUCUUGCAUAAUGUAGUUAUGAUUCAGAAAUACUUUCUGGAUGUUGAUUCUCAAUGUGAUGUUAAACAGAGUGUUUAUUUUUUUCAAGAUUGUUGUCUGUCAGUAUCUGACUAGUCCAUUCACUUCUGUCCAGCGAAAGGCUCCGUGGCCUGCUGGGACGGCAGGAGAAAUCACGAUUAAAACUAAACUGGCUUUGUGUGCUUCAGUAGAAAAGAUUGGAAGAGCUGAAGCAAAUAUUACCAUUAUUUAAAGAUUUAGUAUCAAAUGAAGUAAUGCAGAGUAAAUUGAGGUGCCUUAUGGGAACUAUAUGGGCAGGAUCAGAGAUUUUAACAGUGUCAAGCUGUCUUUUUUGGGGUUCAUUUUACCAGCUUUCUUUUUAUGUGAUAUGGUUCACUAUGAAUUUACGUGACAAUAACUUCUUCCAGAGGUAUAACUCAGUAUAUAUUUUUAAUCUUCCAUUUGUUAGACAUACAGUGAAGCAUUCCACGAUCCAAUUUUAGUAAGGUAUUUUUACUUUUUUUCCACUGUACACAUAUUUAUACUAUUUAUUACGUGAGCUUCAAAUCACUCCUUUCCCAUAUAGAGGAAAUACGACACAAGAAAAAUACAAUGAAUGUUCUAUCACUCAUAAUGAUGUGCUUUAAUCAAUACUGUGUCAUGUAAUCAAAGCGCAAUAAAUAUUGACAUUAACAGACA